AGGAGUGGAGCCGCCGCAAUUUGCAGCUGCAGAUCUGAGACGAAAGCAGCUUGUCUCUACUCUUUUGUCCCCACUCUCACUCCUUCGUCUUCCUCUUCUCAUUUUAUUAUUACAUUCUCAUGCGCCCACCGUAUCACCCCAAAAUCAUUAAUUGCCCAACGUUAACAUUUUCGAACCUCUUUGGAGCCAAACGGCUUUCAAGUUUUAAACAUCUCUCUCCCCCCGGAUGGCCUGUGCUCGGGCCUGGGUCCGUUCAGAUUCGGGUUCUCUCUUCUUAUAAACAGCCUACAACGUCCUUCGCCCCCCUCCUCCACUUCCGUUAGACAUGGGUUGUUUUCUCGCUUGCUUUGGCCUCUCCAAGAAGAGAAAGCGUCGAAAGACUCUCUACAAGGUUCUUGCUGCGCCUGGUCACCAGAACUAUGUAGCUCUGGACUCCUCUGUCAUUGUAAAUCUUGCGACCCCAGACAACUCUAUCAUCCCCUAUUCUAAUUUCAGGGAUGAAUGUAAGGAGCAGGCCCGACCCAAGAGCAGGAAGAAAGUUAGUUUUAAUUUGAAUGUACAGAUAUAUGAACCAAACCCCUAUCAAAUUUUGGAGAGUGAUGAGGAAGAAGAAAAUAAAAAGGAUAAUGGAGAAACGGAGAAAAGUAGCUCAUCUUCUUCCAUCUUGGGAGAAAACUCAGCAGCCUUGAAUUACCCAUCAAAUUACAGAUAUUACAACUGCUUGGACAGCUGCAAUGAGGAUGAUGAAAUAGAAAAUGAGGCAUCUGAUAUUGAUGCAUAUGAUGACGAGGAUGAUGAGUUUGAUGACGAAGAUGGUUGGGAUUGUGGCAACAGCAGCGGCAGUGAAGAUGAAGAUCGGUCGAAAGUUUACAAAACAAGCGCAGGAGAGAAACAAUGCUCUGAGCCAAUCUAUUCUUUGGAAGAAGACAGGGAAAAGAGUCACAUGCAUUCUGUACUCAGACCUGUGGAGAACAUUACUCAGUGGAAAGCAAUCAAAGCACAGGUUGCAUCAAACAAGCACAGGAGGAAGGAGAAUGUUCCACUUGAACAAAAGACAAGCAUCACACUACUUUCAGAACCAGGUUUCAAUCUUCUAGAGUCAAAUGUUUCCAAGCCUCUAUUGACAGAAAUUGCAGUUGAUGCUAGUCUUUCAAAUUGGUUAAUUCCACCUUGUGUGUCUAAGACCACAAUCCAUUGUCAAUGAGGGCCAUGGCAUCAGGAUGAAAGAUUUAGGAUCUAUUAUUUCCAUGGACUUUGACUUGACCGACCAAUUUUUUAAUUGGUGACCUUGAGGGAUCUCAUAGCACAUGACAACAAAAUUACUCCUCUUACUUGUGAAGACGCAAAUACUAAAGGAUCCUACAAAUUUUGAUUCUUGUACUGCUUACUAUCUGGCUUGUCAGUCUGAGCUAGUUGGGGUGAUUUUCAUUUUAUUUGUGUGUCUGAUUCUUUAACUCUGCUUUGCUUUGUGAAUGAUAAUGUUGUGAUCAUUAGAUGGCCAUAUGUGUCUAUUCAUCUCUCUGUGUUUGUUUGUACGAGACAUCGAUCAAAUGCAGCAAUUCAAUUACAUAAGUUCUAAAAUAUUA